CUUGGCUUGGCAUAUGGCAUCUUUUUCGCUCAAUCAAUUUUGCUGUAAAAGGUCAGUUUGAUCAUGUGUAGCCUGAAAGAAUGCUGUUGUUGCAUUCCAGCUUGCUUAUGCUGUGGCCCCUGUGUUUGUAUUAUUCUGAUUUUAAUCGUCAUUGCUGCAGUGACACUAAUGGCUUUAAUAUUUGCCAAAGUUAUUGUUAUUUGAUUCCCGCCAGCUGAAAUAUUCUCGUUUCAACAAUGUUAUGGAUAUUGUCAAGUCAUUUUUACUGGAUUACUUAAAACUCGAUUUACUUUGAUUUAUUAAUUUAAUGUUUGUAUUUCCACUUCCUUCUCAUUCAUUCUUAUGCAACUAUUCAAAAUUAUCAGACGACUGGCAAGAACUGGUUGAUGAAUGCCUCUGCCACGAGGUAGGCAGCAUAAGAAAUCACGCUGCAGUGGCUCUCCCUUCUCUCUGCUCACAGUACUACAUGGUUGGCUGCCAACUUAACGUUGACAAAUCUAAUACAAUCAUACACAGUUAUAUUGACAAAUUGAAAGCUAAUGAUGAAACUACAAGACUGGGGCAUGCUUUAGCUUUAGGUUCUUUACCCGCUGAUAUACUGAAAGGACAUGUUGAUAUUAUAAUUGAUAGUUUGAUAGAAUGUGCUACAUAUACUGAUUCAACUGAAAAAUGGGUUCAAAGUAGAAGGCAAGCAAUUCUGUCUCUUAAUUCUAUCUGCUGCAAAGUUGGAAUUAGCAGUCCAGAUCAAAAGAUAUCCUGUCAAACACACUUGUUAAAAAUACUUUCAUGUAUGGUUGAAGGAUUACUUGAUUAUACCAGAGACGAUACAGGUGACACCGGAGCUUGGGUUAGGGAGUCUUCCAUGACGGGAAUUGAGUCGUUAAUGCAACUUGGAGCAAAAGAAGCACCUGACUUGCUGACUGAAAACAUUGUUGAACGUGCUUUGACCAGAAUCACACAGCAAGCAGUAGAAAGAAUUGAUAGAACUAGAGGAAUUGCAGGCAAUGUGUUUUCUACACUUUUACACAGUAAUCCUCAAAUCCCAUAUAUUCCAAUGCGAGAAGAAUUGGUUUUGGUUUUUCCAGAGGAAGCAUGUAAAAAUGAAAUAAAUUGGUUAUCUGGUCUAGAAACAUUCCCUAGGUUUACUCAACUGCUAUCACUUGAAAGUUAUACUAAGCCUAUCCUAACAGGAUUGAUUGUUUCUGUAGGAGGGAUUACAGAAAGUUUGGUUACUGCUUCUAGCAACUGUUUGUUUGACUAUCUUAGAGGUCAGAAUUCUAAUGAACUUCAUAGGAUCUGUGAUACAAUAGCUUUCAUCUAUGAUACAAAUUUACAAAAUGAUAGGAUAAUAUUACCAAUGCUAAGCUUUCUUGACAAGCUUCUUGGAUCAGGCACAAUCAAUCAAGUACUCAAAGAUCCUAAUUCCAAAUUUGCUCUACAGAUUUUCAACUUGACUAGGUCAGCAUUGACUGGCACUCUUGAUAAAUUUAAACUGCUGAGGUCUGUGGAUGUGUAUUGUCAACUAAUACAGGUUGAUGGUGCAGUAUGCAAGAAGGCGCUCGGACGGCUCAUGAUCUUGCUUUGCCAUAGGUUUGGUUGGCUGAGGAAAGCAACAGCAACAAAGUUAUACGAAUCCCUUAUGUUGUAUCCUGAUAUCCCAGGAUUAUCUGAAGAAUCUUUGGAUUCUAUCCUUUCAUUACUUUCGGAAGCUGAAUGGACAACUAUAGAUAUCUCUCGCCCUGUUAGGAAUAAAAUAGCAGAAUUAUUAGGAAUCAAACCUCCUGUCCCAGUCCCAAGUGUCUAAGAUACCUCAAUUGUUGUUGGACCAUGUAUAAAAUAGUUGUAUAUUUUAUUUUCAAUCAGAAUAAAAAUAGCUAAUCUGUUACUUUUUAUAUUUUUUAUAAAUAUUUUAGCUCCUGUGCUAGGCAUUUUUCAUAAAACUUAUUAUGUUUUAUUAUUUAAAAUGUAUAAGAAUUAGUUUUUUCCAGCACUGGUCUUAUUAUGACUAAUACUUUCAAGUCUAACUAUAUUAGUUAUAGUUUUUUAUUUUAUGAAUUAGGUAGACUACAAAUAACUGCUUUAAAACUAUUAACAACCUUUCUCUAAUGUAGAAAAUGAUUUUAGUCAAAUUUUAUUUUAUCUAUAAAGCAUUUUAUCGUCAUGCAGACAGAACAUCUGAUGUGCAUAUUAUGCAAACAUCUUUUGUGAGUUAUACAUUGUUUUCCCUCUUCAAAUAUACCUAAAAUAGUUAAAUUUCAGUUAUCUAUUCAAAAU